UCAACUCAUACUUCUCAUCCCAGACAACUUGUGAUUCUUCAAUUACGAGGCUUAAAAGGUGUAAAGAUCGAAUCUUUUUUACCGGGGUACUAAGAUUAGGGAUAUAUCAAUUAUAUUUGUUUGUGGUUUCACAAAGAAUUCAGUCAUGUUCACCAAGAUUUUUGGUAAGCAGAAGCAGGAGACAACUGCUCUUACAUCUUUGGAGAAGUUAAAUGAGACACUUGAGAUGCUUCAGAAAAAGGAGAGUGUGCUUACAAGAAAAGCUUCUGCUGAAGUUGAGAAGGCCAGGGAAUUUACGAGAGCAAAGAAUAAGAAGGCGGCUAUACAAUGCUUGAAGAGGAAAAGAUUGCUGGAGCAGCAAAUUGAGCAGCUUGGGAACUACGAAUUGCGCAUCCAUGAUCAGAUGAUAUUGUUAGAAGGCGCAAAAGCUACAACAGAAACUGUUGAUGCUUUAAGAAGUGGAGCAGCAGCAAUGAAGGGAAUGCAAAAAGCAAUGAGUAUGGAUGAUGUAGACAACACAAUGGAUGAAAUAAAUGAGCAGACUGAACAUAUGAAACAGAUACAGGCAGCAUUGGCUGCUCCAAUGGGUGCAGAUUUCGAUGAGGAUGAGCUGGAAGCAGAACUUGAGGAGUUAGAAGGUGCUGAUCUAGAGGAAGAGCUUCUUAAGCCUCCUGAGCCUGUGGCUCCAAUACAGAUCCCAGCAGGCAAACAAUCAGCUCGCCCACCCCCUCAGAAGCUCACAGCUGAGGAAGAGGAAUUAGAAGCAUUACAGGCUGAAAUGGCUCUUUGAGCUAGUCCUUAUUGAUUUUUAUCUGUUGGAGGUUAUAUAACUAUUAUGAAUGACUGGAUGUACUCGACUAUUCGCCAUGGAGUUGACAGCAUUUUCCUGUAGUCGGUCUCAAGCCAGAACUUUGUUUUCUUUGUAUGUUUCAAGUGUUCUAUUUCUAUACCGGAUUAAGAUGUA